GUCUUCUGUGAGAACAACGUUUUCAAUGACCGUGGUUCCGGAAACCAAUAGACAGGAGCACAACAAUAGAAGGAUAUCCGACACUGCAGACGACGAUUCCCGUCGUAAUUUCAUUCGUCCUGCGGAAUCGUCGAGCGACGUAAUCAAGCCACCGGAUGGCGAACAUGAUGUCGGACCACAUACUUUGGCUAACAGCACGUCAUCAAAUAUUCCAGUCGAUAAAUCUGAUGGCGGAGCAAUAUUGGGAACCCGACGUGUCGACCCCGACGAUCGAAUUCUGCCACAACAGCAGCUAGUGAUUAACGAUCGCAAAAAAUCAUUGACCCAGUCCGACAAUAAUGGUGAUUGCGAUGCGGGUCUCGUCAAACCGGCCAAUUUCAAAGUGCAGCAGUGUUCUAGUGGAACUGCAGGCGCAAACGUUCGAUCGCAAAACGAUAAAAAACCUGUGGCAGAAGUAAGACCUACGAAGUCUGUGGCACAACCGCCGGCGCCACACGCAGCAUCAUCAACACUCGAAAGGAAGAAGUCCGUCGGAACGCAUCUGAAAAAACGAUCUAGUGAAAUGGGACCAAACUUCACCCCGUUCAAUGAUCCUCAAAGAGCUCUACAUUUGGUUUCUACUCAGAUCAAUAGCCCGGAAUGGGAAGCGGCCGUUACGGGUCUUCAGAAUAUUUCACGACUGUCCAUGUUCCACAGUAAAGAAUUGCGUCCGGGUUCCUUGCAGCCAUUUGCUCGCAACGUGGCUAAACACAUUAAAUGUCUUCGAUCUCAAGUGGCUCGAGCCGCGUGUACUGCUGCACAGAAAAUGUUUACCUACGUACCGAAAUCAAUGGAACCGGACAUUGAAGAAAUAWCAUCUGCACUGUUUCCACGUACAGCAGAUACAAAUAAAUUUCUUCGGGUGCAAAGUGCUGAAGCUUUGAAUGCAAUGGUCGACAACGUGAAUCCCGUAAAGUGCAUACACGUGAUCACAGCUAAAGGGAUAAAGCAUGGAAAUCGAAUGGUUCGUGCUGAAGCGUGUCGUCUCUUAGCCAGAGUGGUCGAUAAGCUCGGAGUCAGUGGAACACUUCAUUUACCAACAGAUGCUAGAGAUGCAGUGAUAACUGCUGCCACUAGCAUGGUAUUUGAUAACACGCCUACUUCUCGUCAAGCCGCUCAACAUAUAUUAACCAGGUUGAGCGAAGAUCCGAGAGGUGCAGCAUUAAUAUCAUCAGCAGCUUCACCAAAUGUAAAAGCUACAUUAAAUAAAUCGUUGUCAAGAAUAUUUCUUAAAUGAAAUAUUUUGUUCGAUCAACGAAUUAUCGAUUUUUUUUUUUA